UAAGCGCAUCGCCAAUCAGAUUCACAAUUUUUACAACGGUUGCACUUUUUCUGUCGAACGCAGCCAAUUGAUAAUGCAAGUUUUGGAUAACCUCCAUACACAAUGCGGUUGUCAACUUAUUGCAGUCGACACACGCAACACGAAAGUGUAAGUGGUGCAGCUGCAACGAGCGACCAAGUGCAACAUGAAUUCUGGCGGGAAACAGCUGCGUGUGCGAAUCUCGGAUGUUUCGUUCCUCAAACGUGACAGUUUGACGUCCGAAGAGUUUUUCCAGGACUCGCAGCAUGUCGCAUGACGAGGGGUAAGAGAGCCUCGGUUCGGAAAACCGUGAUGCGAGGUACGAGAACACUCGGAGAUGCUCACGGUGCAGUUUGGGCAAUGUGGCAACCAACUCGGACACGUUUUAUUUUCAAAGGUACCUAACGACUUAAAAAGCUCGAGUAUCAGCGUUUCUUACGCCGCCAAUCUCUGGCGGGAAGCAAUGGCCCAUAAGAAUUUUAGAUGUUUUGCUCCUCAAACGUGAAGCUUCACUGUCCGAAGAAUUUUUCCAGGAUUCGCAGCAUGUCACGUAACGAGAAGUAAAAGAGUCUCAGAAAACCAAUCGAGCAUCUGCGAGAACACUCGGAGAUGCUUACGAUACAGUUUGGGCAAUGUGGCAACCAACUUGGACACAAUUUAUUGUCGAAGGUGCGUGAUGACCUUGAGAGCUCGAGUACCGGCAUUCCUUACGCUGCCAAUUACGAGUACGCGGAAAUCACGGUUGAGAGGUGGUUUGAUGGGAUCACGAAGCAUGGCCAGCACUUCGCGAGAGCGAUUCUCGUCGACACCGAGGAGAAAGUUGUGAACAGGCUGUGCAGCGACGCGACCGCGUCGUGGAUCUAUAAACCAAGCAACAUUGUCUGUCAGUCCGGUGGGGGUUCUGCCAACAACUGGGCCUACGGGUACAUUGUAAACGGUCAACGCCUGUCAAGCAAGGUGUUGAACGUCACGCGACAGGAGAUUGAGAAGCUGGAUCGCUUCCAGGGAUUCCUUCUGCUCCUCAGCUCGGCUGGCGGUACGGGAUCCGGCAUUGGGAGUCGCAUGGUUGAGCUGCUGCGCGAGGAGUACGAAACCAAGCCCAUCGUCGGCACAGUCGUGCUGCCGUUCACCUUCGGAGAGGUUUGCACUCAGAACUACAACACUAUACUGACUCUAGCCAGAUUCUCCGACAGGGCGGACGUUUCCGUGUUAGUUGAGAACGAGCAGAUGCAUGCCAUGUGCACCAAUCUGCUGAGGAAUCCUAGCACCAUGCUACGCGACAUGAACGACAUCAUUUCCGAGAAUCUGCUCGCUGUUCUUCAACCUACUGACAAUGCGAGGCACGACGUGAACUUCUUAGUCUCCAGAUUAGCUGCGCAUUCUAGCUUCAGGUUUGCGACGAUCAGGAGCACCCCUCAUGCUCCGAAAAGUUCUCUGCAGUACGAGCCCACGCACAAGUGGGACGUGUACGUACGCCACUUGAAGCAGACUCUUCGAGUGUCAAGGUCGCAAAUGGAACUGACAAACGUUCAACUGAAGGCGCCCAGCUCUGUGCCUAGCAAAACGACGGUGUCUCAUAUGUACAGUCCCUGUGUGUCCAAUGUUCUCGUAACGCGUGGCAAAUCUGUGGAGGAUAAUGAUGCGGUGAGCAGCGAUUUGCGGAAAAGGCAUCUGUACCCGGAAUGGAUCACGUUGGAUUCGUUCACUCACUUACAUCAGGAACGUAGAUUCUUCAGCAGGAACAAGUUUCUGGCGUUAAUCAGCAACAAUUCGGAGAUACAUCGGCCAUUGGAUGUGUACCUGGACAAAGCGUGGAACUCGUACAAGUGCGCGGCUUUUCUGCAUCAGUAUAAACAGUUCGGUCUGGAGGACGACGAUUUUCUGCGAGCUUUCGCAAGAGUCGAGAACGUCGUGCAAGAGUAUAAAAGUUUGCGAAGUUACCAGAAAAAUUGAGUUUUCUUGUGGCUUUUAUAUUAUAUAAGUAUUUAAGAAUGAAGACUGUUUAAAUAAAUAUCGAGCAUGUUGCUUUAUGUACAUACAUAUGUAAGUCUUAAAUGUUGAAUUUAAGAAUUUAUUUAGUUUAAUUCGCUGUGAAUUCAUCAACGUAUGUUUGGUGCUUUUGAUUCUGAAAAAUGAGUCUUCAGAUUUGCAUCCUCUCAUUUGUCAAACGCAGAUUUAUUAUCUACACUUUUUCCAAGUGAUUUACGUAUGUGUACGUGUGUGGGCGCUUACGCGAGACCUUGACUAUCACGGUCACGGCUACUAUGAGAUGAAGAAGAAUGGACGAGUGGUUGUGACGUCACUUGGGAAUCGACCAAGCUGCGGCUACGUACACAUGAAAGAGUUCUCCCGAAUGAAAGGAGGAAAGAGGGAAAAGGAUGGUAAGCAUUAAAGGGAGAAGCGAUCAUAGCACGAACAAAUGCUAGAAAGAACGAAAUGACACAAAGUCGAUCGAGUCGUGACGUCGAGAUACGUCCGAUUACAUAUGAGAGAUAUAUCUAAUAUCUUUUACGCAAUUCCUACAGCCCCAUGGAACAAAAAAAAAGAUAUACAGGAUGUAACAGUUAUGCAGGGAGAUAUUUAAACAGUGAACUCUGCAGAUCAAAGUGAAGCGAAAAGUGCUUCAUCAUUUUUUAUUCGAGCUAUGGUUAUCCUGUAUGUAUAUACAGGGUGUCAGACAAAUAUUAAUCCUUUGUUCGUGAGCGAGCAGGCGUAAUUCUUUUAGGGCUCGCUAUUAUACGUUUAAACGGAAACACGUUUACACGUAUAAUUAGCAUAUCCGUUCAUUAGAAACGUUUUCCCGAAUAUACGUGUUUUAAGGUAUUAUACGUAUAAACGGAAAAUGUUGACACGUAUAUUAAACGUUUAUCUGUUUAUAAUCGCACCUUACUAUAAACAUUUUUCUACAAGUAAACAUUUUUCUCCACCUCUUAUUUUUAAUUUCAUUGGCUCGUCAUUGACUUGUCAUUGACGUUACACCAAGUCGACGACGACGACGACGACGACGACGUUACAUCACGAGGAUAACACAAGCUGAAAUUGGUUGCAUGUAAGUCGAUUACCGCAUAAUUUCAAGUUAUUGACCUUCGAAGACUACUUCACAUCUUCGAAGCUUCGAUCCUUAAUUCGU